AUGGCCUCUAAAGAUGCAGCUAUAUUUCCCGAUCGCAGCCCGAAAAGAGUAGUCUUGAGACUCAAAGUAAGUGAGCUUGAACGCCGCAGCUCUUCUGAAUAUGACGACGCAAUCAAAGCAUACCUUUUACUUGCAGGACGACCAGCAAAUGAAGACGAAUCCUCCUUCUACAUCAUCAUAGACCUCGAGAAGUAUUCACUUGUCGAUGGCGAGUUUUGGAAUUUACCACACGAGAUCUACCACGUUCGCCGCUUCCAAGACUCCUGA